GCCUCAUUUGAUUGCAAGAUGAUUUAUCUUUCUGCGGUGACACCACUCACUAGGAUUAGGCUCUAAACGGAUCAAACAUGAAUCCGUUGGUCUUUGCUGUCCUUUCAGUUUUCUUCGUGUCUUCAAUUAGAAUCCAGUCUACAUCUACUCCUCCUGUGAGCGAUGACACCCAUAACGAGUUCACGUGGACUGCAUUCAAGAAGGUUUCCGCCGAUUACAAGGAAAACUUCGUCAUGUCACCGUAUUCGCUGCGUCGGCUAUUCUCAUGCUUCCAGGGUGUUAAGCUCUUUUCCGCUGGGGUUGGUACAAACCUCCAGCAGGAGCUGAACAGUGUGUUGAACAUCGUACCCAACCAACAACCAUCCGGUCAAGAUCAUCGGCCGUACGUUGACCAGUGGUUGCGAUAUGCAAACGCCAAACAGCUCAACAGGACGGCCAUGGCAGUGGCAAUCGGGAAUGAAAAAGCUUCGUCCAUUUUCGACAGCAUUAUCAACUACUGUGUGGUCUAUACAGGAUAUCUUCAACCGUCCGAUGGUCAGAGAAUGGGACAGGUUGUGAACGAUGCGUUGAAGAAAAUCACCAACAACUCCGUGCUGAAUUACCUCGCCGAUACGGACAUCAACCCGAAUUGGAAGUUUUUCGCGAUCGAUUCGUGGCAGUUUGAUGGUUUGUGGAAGUAUAAGUCUCAGGAAGAGUUUACGGCGACUUGUAAUUUCUACGCUAGUAAAGAUGACAAGAAACUGACCAAGUUUUUGUAUUUCGAAGAAGUGUUUAAGUAUGGAUACUUUCCGGAGCUGAACAUUCAAGCUGUGGAGUUGCCUUAUCAUGACAAGAGUCCGCUGUCCUGCCUCCUGAUGAUGCCUUUGAAUGGAGGGGUUGAUUCUCUUGUCAAUUCGAUGAAUCAGUCGCGUUUCAAAGAAGUCGUAUCGAAGCUAAUGCCAACCAAGACUACAGUUCGUCUACCUCAAUUCGGAUUGAAAACUACGGUGCCCGGAAGACAGCUGCUGGAAUCUAUGGGAAUGAAGACGCCAUUCAAUCAGGGGGUGUUCAAGGUGUUCGAACAGGGUCAGGAUGUUGCUCUUGGCGAAAUUGUCCAGAAGAUGGAGAUAAAUAUGUCAGGCGAUGGAGAAAUACAAGGUCAAAAAUUUCCCGACAAACAGCAGGACAAGCUAUUCACGGCAAAUCAACCGUUCAUGUUUGUAAUUUUCGAUCGAAGUGAAGUGGUACCGGUUCUGGUUGGUCACUAUCUAAAAGCGCCGCCGGAUGCAGCGAUGGGACUGGCAGAUUUGCAAAAAUGCGAUGAUCCACCCGUUGGGUAUCAAUAGUGCAUAAUGAAAGCACAAGUGAUAUACCGGCAAUAAAUGGCUCAAUGAUUUCCAACAUAAAAAGAUGAGUGUGAUUGAAAGAGUGUAAAAACUUCGUCGACAUUCUCAAUGGUUAACUACAAAUGAAUACUAUUGAUUCUGAAUUGCUUGUACACAACAUUUCCAGAUGCUUUAUUCUACAUAGCUUGAAUAAUGACCUAUAAAUACAAUUUCCUUGGUUGAAUCCUUGCGAAUUACAAAAAUAAAUGGUCCAUCAACAACA